UCGUCCUCUCUGUCUGUCUCUUUUUCACUCUCUCUCCCUCUCUCUCACUCUGAGACAGAAGUCAGAGCUUUCCUCACUGACAGCCUCAAGUACUCACAGCACUUACUGAAGCCUAAGACAGACACUGCAAGCCAAAAACUACACUGAAAAACUUUUUAUUCUCUGUUUUGCUUCAGAUUACUUUUCAUCAGAGGGAAAAAGUUGAUCUAGUUUUUUUUUGUUUGUUUUUGUGCCUUUUUUUUUUUAAAGGGAUAAGCUUUUCACGCAGAGAAUAGAGAAGAACAAAAAGCAAGCCUAUAAAACCUGGUGUCAGGAUGUCUGUGCAUGUACUGAACGGAUUUCUGCUGGUACUUUGCUGGAUUAUGGUGAGGAGUACUCCAACUCCAGGAUCUGAGGGACACAGUUCAGUCACUGACUGUCCAUCCUGCUCACUAUCUAAAUUCCACAAGGAUUCCACCAGUUCUCAAAGUGACAUGGUUGAGGCAGUGAAGAAGCACAUUUUAAACAUGCUGCAUAUGAGGGACAGACCCAACAUCACUCAGCCAGUGCCUAAAGCAGCGCUUUUAAACGCCAUCAAGAAAGUUCACGUGGGGAAAGUGGGAGAGGAUGGCCAAGUGCAAAUAGAUGAUGUGAUUGCACGGAGAGCAGAAAUGAAUGAAAUCUUGGAGCAAACUUCAGAGAUCAUCACGUUUGCGGAAGCAGGGCCCUCCAAGAAAAUACUCCACUUUGAGAUCUCCAAAGAAGGCAGUGAUCUGUUGAUAAUCAGGGAAGCAGAGCUUUGGCUUUUCCUCAAACUAUCUAAAGCCAACCGAAGUCGGACCAGGCUAACAAUUCGACUGUACCAGCAGCAGCGAGGGCCGAAGGAGCACAGGGGAUCUGAAGGAAACAAAAAUGAAGUUCUGAUAGCUGAGAAAGUGGUGGACACAAAGAAAAGUGGCUGGCAUACGUUCCCCAUAUCUGGGAGCAUUCAGCGUCUACUGAAUCAUGGCAAAUCAUCAAUGGAUAUUCGAGUAGCCUGUGACCAAUGCCAAGAAUCAGGAGCAACCCCUGUCUUGCUUGGUAAACGUAAGAGAAAAGAUGAUGUGGACAAAGAAGCAGCAGCAACUGCAGGUGAAGAAGAAAAAGAGCAGUCGCAUAGACCUUUCCUAAUGAUUGUGGCUCAACAGACAGAUGAACAUCCUCACCGGAGGAGGAAACGUGGCUUGGAAUGUGAUGGUAAAGUAAGCAACUGCUGUAAAAAGCAUUUUUAUGUAAGUUUCAAGGACAUCGGUUGGAGCGACUGGAUCAUAGCACCUCCUGGCUACCACGCCAAUUACUGCGAGGGGGAUUGCCCUAACCACAUUGCUGGGACAUCUGGGGCUUCUCUAUCAUUUCAUUCCACAGUCAUUCACCAGUACCGGAUUAAAGGCCACAGUCCCUUCAACAGUAUCAAAUCUUGUUGUGUUCCCUCCAAGUUGAGAGCUAUGUCCAUGCUGUAUUAUGACGAUGGACAAAAUAUUAUAAAAAAGGAUAUUCAGAACAUGAUUGUGGAAGAGUGCGGAUGCUCAUAAAUAGAGGACCAAAUGCAGAUAUAGUAUCACUUAUCGAAUACACUAAUCAAGAAGACGACAAAUGACUUGCAGCUGAGCAAUGAUCAAUGGAAGACGAAAUUAGAUACCAAGGAAGUGCUAGUUCUACACCUGCAGCAACCGGUAUAUGAAAGGAACAUUUCCAGCUCUUCUAGCCAGGAGUGUGACUAACAAGCUUACAGGCACGAGAAUGCACCUGUAUAUCUAUAGAUACAUCACAUUCACUGUUUGCGUAAAUGUGUUUGCAUUUAUACGAGUUUGUAUAGAUAGAUAUACAGAGCUCCAGACCACCUUCCUAAGACUCUAAGCAUUUCUAUAUUGCGCAGGAGACUCAACUUCUUCCUCUGCACUAUUACUGCAAAAAAACAAAAACAAAAAAAA